AUGCAGUAAUGCAAUUUGGCAGAUUUCUCUUUUAGUCUACAAAACCAAAAUGACAUUGAGGUUGAGCAAUAAACCAAUUUUCUUGGGAUAGAUUCUUCGGCAGCAGAUAUUUCAUCUGAGGAAGAGAAUGAUUUGGAUAGAAAAAUAUAAUAAUUAUACAGCUAAACGAAGUAGGCCUUGCAAUCUAUAAAGAAGAGACAGAUCUCAGAAUAAGUGAAUAGUGCAAAGGAUCUGUCGAAUGUGAAAUCUUGUCUCGUUUGUAGUAAAUCUCUACCCUUUCUUCAACUGUUUGUAUCGAACAAAGUCUUUGCUCGCAAUGAUAAAAUUAAAGGGUUUACUGCUAUUCAAUAUCCUCAACACCUAAACUAUAUAAAUAAGAGUGAUAACUAAUAGGAUUAAAAAUAGAAAAUAAAAUAAAAAAUACAAAAUACUAGUUAUUUUAGUGUUCCAAAAAGGAACAUCUGCUACUCUUAUAUCAAAAUUUGA